AUGACCGGUUCGCUCACGUCUUCAGUCAAGAACGAGAAAGCUUCGGACAAACAACUCGAAACUGCUAGUGAUUAUGAAUUUGGCGGAGAGUCACAACUACCUCGUCCUCCCGUUCUUUCUGAAGACAAUGAGCGUAAACUAUGGAGGAAGAUUGACCUUCGUUUGAUGCCCAUACUCUGCGUAAUGUACCUCAUGUCUUUUAUGGAUCGCGGGAACGCCAAACUCCAAGGGCUGACAACGCAGCUGAACCUGACGGGAAAUCAGUAUAACAUUGCAUUGACAAUGUAUUUCAUUCCCUAUUGUAUAUUUGAAUGUCCCGCCAAUUUGGUACUGAAGAAGUUUCGCCCUUCCAUUUGGCUUCCAGGCAUCACUGUUGUAUGGGGUGUCAUCAUGACACUCAUGGGACUUGUCAAGACAUAUCCACAGUUGGUUGGCGUGCGUGUCUGUCUCGGGGUAGCAGAGGCUGGGCUAUUCCCUGGUGUUGCUUACUACCUUUCCUUGUGGUAUCCUAGAAGCGCUCUUCAGACUCGUAUCGGACUCUUUUUCGGUGCAGCGACUUUAGCUGGAGCAUUUUCUGGCCUUUUCGCAUUUGCGAUUUCGUUCAUGAGCGGCACUCGAGGAUUGCUUGGAUGGUCUUGGAUAUUUAUCCUUGAAGGGAUUAUCACCGUUGCCGUUGGUUUGAUUGCUUUCAUAGUUUUGGUGGAUUUUCCUGCAACAGCAAAAUUCUUGACACCAGAAGAACAGGCCUUUGUGAUUUGGAAGAAGAAAUAUGACAACUCAUCGGUCGGAGAGGAGGAAAAAUUUGAGGUCAAGCAUAUCUAUCAAGCUUUCACAGACUGGCAGGUCUGGAUCCAUAUUCUAAUCUAUAUGUCGCUUAUUGGUCCUCUAUAUGGCAUCACUCUCUUUCUCCCCUUUGGCGAAUUUUCCACCCCCAUAAGUCAAUUGCUCACAGUCCCGCCCUACGUUUUUGCGACCAUUGUCCUAGGUUUCUUCGCGUACUAUUCCGACAAAGUGAUGAUGCGCUCGCCUUUCAUCUUAGCGGCCCAGAUUAUGUGUCUCAUAGGUUUCUCGAUCAACAUUGCCAACGUCUCCCAUGGUGCUAAAUACUUUGGUACUUUCUUGAUCGUCGCCGGGAGCUACUCCGGAUUCCCUGGGAUCGUUGCGUGGCUAAGUAACAAUCUGAGUGGUCAGUACAAACGAGGCAUAGGAAUGGCCCUCCAUAUCGGUAUUGGAAAUUUCAGCGGUGCAAUAGCGUCUAACAUAUUCAGAACGCAAGAUAAACCGCGGUUCAUUUUAGGCCAUGGAAUAGAAUUAAUGUUUGUUGGCAUCGGACUCAUUUUUCUCCCUAUAACCGUCUUCACGUACAGUCGUAUCAACAAGAAGAGAGCGGAGUUCAUGAACAGAGUAGCUGAGGGUUUGGAGAAGAAACCUUCGCCAGAGGAGUUGAGAGCAUUGGGGGACAGAGCGCCUGAUUUCCGGUAUAUUCUUUGA